AUGAAGAGUUUUAAUCUAACACACGAUGCUGUUACUCGGAAGUACAACAUUGGGUAGGUUCAUUUGGAUAUAGAGAAAUAGGCAAAGCCAAGAGGAAAAAAGUACCUGAGAUAAGUCACCUUAUAAGAGAAUUAGAUGGCUUAAGUCAAUAAUAAAACUAUACCUUAUCCUACUUGUUUUACAGUUGUCACUAGAGAACAAUAUGAAUAACUGCCAAAUGAGGAAAGACUCGCAUUUCCUUGGAUCGAGUAACUGAAUAAACCUAUUCGAAUUCUCUACGAUCGUCACUAAGGAGGGGAACAAAGGACACAGCUGAGUCAGUUCUAGAAAGCAACAGCAAUAUAUUUUGAUACUCAGAAUUAAGCAUUUAGAUUUAUUGAGUUUUUGAAAUUUCGAAAUGCUGGUGUUUUGGAAAAAAGCAAGAAGAGCAUGGAAAAAGUGUUUAAGCGUUUUCAAUAUCAGACACUAUUGCGAUACACGGAAGCUUAGAACAAGAAGUUGGAGUUGUAAUCUGCUAAGAUUUCAAAUGAUUUAAAAUCGAAGCAAACGACAUUUUUGCACAAUUCAAAUGAGAUAAGAACCUAUGAUUCCUAAAAGUACAGGGAUUUGUUUAAGUUUCUGACUGUGUAGGCGAAAUAAAAAUAAUAGCUUGAAUAAGAAUCAAUUAGAUAGGGUAAACUCAGUCAUUUGAGAUAAAAUGAGAGGUUCUUUCAGAAUUUAGAGAAGCAAAAUUUGAAAUCUAUCUUGGGACAAUGGAAGAAUAUAUCAGUGUAGAUGAUGGAAGAAAGAUAGGAGAGAGAAAAACAAGAAUAAGAAGCCUUAAGAUUAUUGGAGCAAUAGUAGGAAUUGUUAGAAUAGUAAAAGAAGGAGGAGGAAAAUAGGAGAUUAAUUGAGUUACUUAAACUUUAGCAUAAAGACUUACAUUUUUCGAAUUUUAAGCUGAUUGUAGGUGAUCAUAUUAGAUUAUUAAAUCCAAUUUUGUUUGUUCAAUUCAAGCCUUUGGAGUCAGAGCAAGAAGGGAAGAUAGAAUUUGUAAAAGGAACGGAACUGUCAUAUAUGGAAUUAGAUGGAAGGGGUUGGAGAGCCAAUGUUGAGAUAACUUUGUCUCACUUUAAAACUCAGGACAUUUUAGAGUUUAUAAUAUUUGAUGAUUACGAAGAUUUCAAUGAGAGAAUAUUGGCAAAGGCCUAGGAAGAACCAACUGAGGAUUAGGCAUUCAUUGCAACAGCAAGGAAGGUUAUGCAAGGGAGAAUAUCAAUUUUGGAGUUCGAGAAGAAUUUGAAUAGCAAUAGAAGACAUUUCGCAAGAUUGGAUGUUUCAGCUGAUUUACAAUAGAAUUUGUAGUAGGAUCAAUAGUUCAAUUAGCCAAUGAUUUAAAUUGAUCUUCAUGAGGAUGUUAGAUUCAAAAUUACUAAUUCCACGAUUAAUCCUUUUUAUUUAGAUAUUGUCGAAUUGCCAAUAACAGCCAACGAGUUAAAAUAUUACAUUAGGUAAUUGAAGGAUCCUCGAAAGAGUAUGCAAUAGCAAUGGGAGGAAUUCAAGGUAAAAUCUUUAGAGGAUGCCUUGUAAUCCAGAGGGUAGAUUUGGGCUAAUAGCAAAUAGUCAGAAGAUGAUUUGAUAGAAAUCUAGGAGUUUUUAUCUGAAGAGGGAUAUGACAACAAGGAUGGGAGAUUCAAAUAAUUAUAUUAUUAUUUAUAUCACAAUAGAAUUUAGAAUUCGGAAGGUUUUGUAAGGGAUAAAUUAAUGGUUGCUUGUAAAAAAGGAUUUACGAAAUAAUCAAGAGUUGAAUUGAUACCGAUUUUGUUAUAGUUCAAUGAGAAGAUCAAGAAUUUUGCAGAUGAUCAUGGUUUGGAAUGGCAUGAAAAUCUGAACAUUUUGGAUAUAGUAUCUAAUGAAAUUGACAAAUACAUGGAUGUGGAAACACAACAGAUUAAUCGUGAAAGAGUAGAAUAAUACAUAAGCAGUAUCAAAUUCAAAUAUAAUAAUGUUUGGACGAAUAUCUUCAUGGAACGAUUGAAUUAAUGGAAGGAUCAAAUAUACAGAAUAGUGAAUGGAUGUGGUGUUAUAGAUAAUACUCAAGAUAAGCUGCUUUUGAUUGUGAGAUUGUUUUAAUUGUUUGAUGGAAAGGAAAACUGCGAUGAGUUAAUUUACAAGAUCAUAAGAUGUUUAAGAUAUUAAAUGUUAGUGCCAAAAUUGAAUAACCCAAAAAUAAACAUGGGCUGGUUUAAGGAUCAUCUGAGUAAUCUAUUCAGUGGUUUCUUUUAUUUUGAUGUUUGGCUAAGAGUAUUCGAUUACAUAAUUGGAAUAGGAUUCAUAGAGGGUAGUUUCGAUAAAGUUAUCGCAAGUGUUGUAGGAGGAAUUUUAAAUGAGAUUAAUUACUCAACCUUCACAACUCAGGAGGAAUUUAUCGUUGGAUUAAAUGUCUAUGGGAGACUGCUUUGUAAUCCAGAGAAAUUGAUCAUAGCAAGUUACAAUUGUUAUUUAUUAAAUUAAUUCGAACCUCUUGAGAAAUAUGAUGAUCUCAUUAAGUAGAUGAUUCAAAAGGUUAAUCCUUUGGAUAACAUCCAUGUCGAUUAACUUAAACUCUUGAAUACUCAAUAAUAAAGUUAGAUUAUAGAUAUUCCUGAAGAGCACGAAGGAUCGGUGUAUGACAUCUAAGAGUCUCAAAUAUUCCUACCCAAGGCUGGUACCAAAUUUGUGUUUAAGUAAAGAAUCAACGCAGUUUACAUUUUGAUUCACUCUUUACACUUGCAUCAAAUUGAUUAUUAUGGAACUAAUGUAGUUACUAUUCAGGGUUAGUAGAGAAGGGAAUCUGAAGAAUUAUAUUUUGAAUUGCCUUAUUCAUCUCAAAUUUUGGAUAUCUCUGUAAAUGAAAAGUUCAGAGGGAGAAUCGAUUUGAGAUACUUAUAAGUGAACACAAUAUACAAGAACACUCUUAUUUUUUAGGAUGAUUAUGAUCUACAAAGACAUUAUCAAAUCUCUGAAAUGGAGUACUCUAUAUUGUUGUAAGGGGAUGGUUGCAAUUCUGAAAAUAUAAUCUCAAAGGAUUAAGCGAUUUCAUACUUUAUGGAUUAAUGCAUCCUAUUCAAUGUCAAACACAGUGCAUUUUCACAUCCUGAUGCUUUCAAAUCUGGCAACAGUCUCAAUUAUGUGGAAUUCAAAUAAUUAGUGACUUAAUAUUUCCAAUUGGAUCCAGCACAAUGCAAUUUCCAAGAAUUGUAUUCCUAAUUCUUGCGUGAAGACAAUGCCUCAAUAUAUUUAGUAGAUGUUUUGUUCAAGUUGACUCAUAGCAAAUAGAAAAGAAAGGAGAUUCUGAGCUUAUUUAUUCCAAAUGAUUUGAUUAAUCAUCAAUAAUACAGGAGGUAGCAGAUGUAAUAUGGAGAUGUAAGGUUUGUUAAAGUCACACUCUCAGAUGAUAGUUAUGAAAAAAGUACAGAUUUGACUGAUUAUUUCAAUUCAAUUUUGCAGAGUCAUUUUCAGAAGUAUAAUUCAUAUGAUCUACUUUUGAUUGAUGAAAACAAUCGAUUCUAUCUAUUAGACAACAUCAGUCAAAUUAGUAAUUAAUUUACAUCAUAAAUGUUGAUUCUCCAAUUAAAAUACAAUUCUUAUGGGAAUGUGAGGAAAGUAGAAUUUUAAAUGAGCAAAUAAUUCCAAUUAGCCAGAGAACUCCAAACUCAAGCCAGUUCUAUUAAGGAAUUGCUUGAAAACAACCAAAGAUUACUCUGUUUGGAUUGCAAAUUCGAGAUCAACGAGAAUUCUAUUGUGGAUUUCCAUUAGCAUCUCGUAUAUAUCAGAUGCAGAGAGGGAGCCAAACAAUUAGAGAAAUGCACUAUUGUCGGGUAGAUCAAGAAUAAAAAUAAUUAACUUAAAUAUUAUGUUGUUUAGUUGGAUAACAAUAAGAAGGUUGUUGUCUAUAAGGAGGAUGUGUUGUUGUUUGAUACGAUCUAGCUGGAUGAAUUGGAUGUGUUCGAGAAGACUUGGAAAUCAAUAUGA